CACACACAGAGGGGGAGGGAGAGAGAGAGAGAGAGAGAGAGAGAGAGAGAAUCGGUGCAGUGAUGGCAGGGAAGGAGCCGACACCAGUCAGAGAGGAAUGAGAACUUGUCCGGGAUGGCGGACAAACCUCUGACGGUGUUCGUGAAGCUGUUUGCCGCUGGGUUUUACGGUGUGAGCUCGUUUCUCAUCGUCGUGGUGAAUAAAAGCGUGCUCACCAACUACAGGUUCCCUUCCUCAAUAUGUGUCGGGAUUGGACAAAUGUUGGCCACAGUGAUUGUGCUGUGGGUGGGCAAGGCUGCGAGGGUGAUCACCUUCCCGGACUUUGACGAGAGCAUACCUCGCAAGACAUUUCCUCUACCUCUUCUUUAUGUGGGAAAUCAAAUCACUGGUCUGUUUGGAACCAAAAGGCUUAAUCUGCCGAUGUUUACUGUCCUCAGGAGGUUCUCUAUUUUGUUCACAAUGCUGGCGGAGGGAUUUCUGCUCAAGAAGAAAUUCUCCAGGCCAGUACAGCUGACAGUAUUUACAAUGAUCCUCGGGGCGUUUAUAGCUGCAAGUGCUGACCUGUCCUUUGACCUACAAGGCUACGUGUUCAUUCUCCUGAAUGAUGUACUGACUGCAGCCAAUGGAGCCUAUGUGAAACAAAAAUUAGAUGCUAAGGAAUUGGGGAAAUAUGGAUUAUUGUAUUAUAAUGCGUUAUUUAUGAUAAUCCCCACUCUGCUGUUGGCUCACAUGACUGGUGAUAUGCAGAAGGCAGUGGAAUAUGACGGUUGGUCUGACAUGUUUUUCCUCAGCCAGUUCAUCCUCUCAUGUAUCAUGGGGUUUGUUCUGAUGUAUUCCACUGUGCUCUGUACACAGUACAACUCUGCUUUAACUACGACGAUCGUGGGCUGUAUCAAGAAUGUCCUGGUGACUUACAUUGGAAUGGUUUUCAGUGGAGACUACAUUUUCACUUGGACUAACUUCAUAGGUUUGAAUAUCAGUAUUGCAGGCAGCCUGGUGUACUCCUACAUCACUUUCACAGAGGAGCAGUCCAGCAAAGCAAGUGAAAACAACAAGGACAUCAAGGGCAAGGUGGUUGUAUGACAGAGACACUGGAUUUAAAUAUUUUCACGCUGAUGAACAGGAAAACUCUAUUUUUAGUACGACUUCUAUUUAUGGAGCAUUUUAGCAGCAAAAGCAAGGAAUUGAUGGGAAUGGCGUCACGGUGAAAGCCGUGCCUUCACCACAACUCUCCUGCUGCUGCCAUGGUUACGAAACCCUCCAGAGGGAUUGUGGGUUGAUUUUUAGAUAAUUUCUUUUAAAAUAUUUGUAUUUUGAUACUGUACUUGUAAGCAUUGAGAACAAGGGAAACACAGAACCAAUGUUAUUUAUAUUACAGCAUUUCCUGACAUGCGAACAAAAUGAAUAUUAAAUGUUGGGAUCGUGUCAUGUUUCCUGAACACAGGAGUGAACAGCUGGGAUGAUCAAUUGUUUUAAGAAUGGGUGUGUACUGAUGAAUCGUGGGAAUAUUACAAAAUGGGUUAUUUUAAAGGCACAAUCCUUAUUUUUAAUUGCCUUUCUGUUUUGCUGUUUACAAGGAAUGUAACUGUAGAUGCCUUCUAAGCACAGCGAGAUGCACUGACACUGUCAUUACCUGUUAUAUCAGUCUUUAGUACAUUUCUUUUGAUUUUUGUGCAUACACUGUGAUAAGCUUGUUAUAGACGGACAGUAAUGACAGUGAUCUAACCUCAUCCUUUAAACAACCAAAGUGGAUGGGCAGUGGGCUGUAGAUUCCCAACAAGGAUUGUGACUUUAAAUAAUGUUGCUGCCUCCUUUUGGGAGAUAAAGUUAACAGUUUACAUGUGUCUCCCUCAGUAUUACAGAAUGUUUGUCAUGGAUACUCCAAGGCUGUAGCUGGUUCUCUCUAUGCAGAAUUAACAAACAAGGGGACCCGUUUCUUUUUUUUUUUUUUUCUUUCUUUUUUUGGACACAUUUUCGCACUUUUAACUGAGGUAGCUCCUGCAAAAGGGUGAAACUGAAUUGCCUCACCUCCUGUUACAUCCAUAUGUUGAAUACUGAGAUUAUUGUACCCCCCUGAAAUGUACAUUUCAGGUUUUUUAAGUAUUAUAAACCUUUAAUAGUCAGGUACAAGAGUUUUUGUUUUGUUUUGGGUUUUUUUCUUACAUUUUUAUCUACAUCAUUUUAUAUUUAUUACUUUUUUUAGACUGAUAUUCAUUUUGUAGAUGGUGUGGCUUGUGAGUUGUUGAUGCUGAUCUCAUCUCAAACAGUAACUAUGGAUUUGUAGGUGAAACACAAUGAUGUAUUUUUACAUUAAAAAAACUUCUAUUGA